AUGACUCUCAUCAAGCUCCCGCCCCGAAACAAGACCCUCAAAGGCCACAAGCUCGUCAUCACCGACCCCCGUGCCCUCCCCGAGGACGCCUUGCCUCGCCUCCGUGCCCGGUUCCCGGACCUGCAAGUGCAGCCUUUUGACGCGGACGCAACGGACCCCUGGGAGGGGGCCACGCUGGCCCUCGGCAGUGGUCGCAAUUUGCCCUCCAUUGACAAGGCUGGGAAGCUGGAGCUGUUCCAGCUGACAUCGGCCGGCGCGGAUGGUCUGGUCGGCAAGCCCAUCUUUGACGACACCGAGAUAGCAUUCUGCACCGCAAGCGGUGUCCAUGGCCGAAUGGGUGGUGAGCACCUUUCUCGCCUUCCAGCAUCGCUUGCCCGAGUACCUCGAAAAUCAACGCCACGGCCGGUGGGAACACUCCAAACCCUCCUCCCUCGCUCUCACCCUCCUCCCUCGCUCUCACCCUCCUCCCGCGCUCUCAAUCCCACUAACCCGAUCAAUCUCCCCAGGGGCAUCCUCGGCUACGGCAGCGUUGGGCGGCAGGUUGCCCGCGUCUGCAAGGCCGUCGGCAUGACCGUCCACGCCUACACGCUGCACCCGCGACGCACGCCCUCCUCCCGUCGCGAUCCCUCCUACGCGCCUCCCGGCCUCGGCGACCCUGACGGCCUCCUGCCGGACCGCUGGUUCGCCGGCGCCUCCGCCGCCGAGCUGCACGCCUUCCUCAGCUCCGGCCUGGACCUGCUCGUCGUCGCGCUGCCGCUUACGCCCCAGACGCGCGGCCGCCUCGCCGCUCGCGAGUUCGCCGCCCUCCGCGGCGCGUUCGUGUCGAAUGUUGGCCGGGGUCCUAUUGUUAAUACGGCGGAUCUGGUGGAGGCGCUGGAGGGGGGCGUGAUUCGCGGCGCGGCGCUGGACGUGACGGACCCGGAGCCGCUGCCGGCGGACCACCCGCUGUGGCGGGCGAGGAAUGUCACAAUCACGCCACACGUGAGCGGCGAGUCGUCAAAGUACAUGGAGCGGGUGUUUGAGGUUCUGCUGGAGAAUUUGACGCGGCUUAGCAACGGGGAAAGAUUGAUGAAUUUGAUAAAUAGAAGGGAAGGAUACUAG